UGCGCACUGAAGGACGAGGCCGUAGAUCUGGUCAGAACAUGUGACGUCACUGUGUUCGUCGCUCCAGAAUGUGUAGAUCAUUAUUACUUAAACACGAAUCGGGGACUUUAACUAUUUAUAACGAAGGAACAUUGUUUACUGUUUGCCGAGAAAAGGUUAAGAUGGAAAGUAAAAGCACAGUACAGCUGAAAUCCUGGGUGAGAAGCGAGCUGGAGGAUCUGAGGUGUGAGAUGAGCAAAGAGACGCAGGGUAAGAUCACCAAUGUAUGCUGGGAGUUGGCCGAGUGUGCACGACUCCAGAGAGAUCAGAUCUACACGCUGCUGCAGAUGAAGGCAGACACGAGAGAGAUGGCCAUCGAGAACCUCCUGAACAAAAGGAGUUCUGAGAUGGUUGGAGAUCUGCUCCUGUGUGCAGACAGGACAAAGACAGCAGAGGAGAGAAAGAAAGCAGAAGACGAAGCUCUGCUCUUACUAGAGACAAAGAAGGGGAAAGAUGAGAGACCAAGCAGAAGAAUGAACCAGGACAUGGACUCGGUCUCCAAAGUCAGGACAGGAGAGGAAGAGGUAAAAGGAGAGAAGGAAAGACAAGUGGUAGAGCAAAAUAAAGGAACAGAGAUAAGGAAAAGAUUGUGGGACGAAAAGAUGAAAGAGCGAAAGAGAAUGUUGAAGGAGAAAAGGAGGGAGGAUAUGAUUAAAGAAGAGAAAAGAAAAUGCCUAGAAGAGGAAAGACAGAAGAAGGAAGAGCUAAAGAGAGAGCUGGAGAGAAAGAGAGAGGAAGAAAAUCUGCAGAGACUGCUAAAGAGAAAGCAAGAGCUGGAGAAAAAGAGAAAAGAGGAAAAGAAAAAGAAUGAGCUGGAGAGAAAGAGAGAGGAAGAAAAUCUGCGGAGAUUGCUGGAGAGAAAGCGAGAGCUGGAGAGAAAGUGGAAGGAGAAAGAGAAAAAGAAAGAGCUGGAGAGAAAGAGAGAGGAAGAAAAUCUACAGAGAUUGCUAGAGAGAAAGCGCGAGCUGGAGAGAAAGAGAAAAGAGGAAGAGAAAAAGAAAGACAUGGAGAGAAAGAGAGAGGAAGAAAAUCUGCUGAGAUUGCUGGAGAGAAAGCGAGAGCUGGAGAAAAAGAGAAAAGAAGAAGAGAAAAAGAAAGACACGGAGAGAAAGAGAGAGGAAGAAAAUCUGCGGAGAUUGCUGGAGAGAAAGAGGAAGGAGGAAGAGAAAAAGAAACACAUGGAGAGAAAGAGAGAGGAGGACGAGCAAAAAAGAGAGCUGGAGAGAAAGAGAGAGGAAGAAAAUCUACAGAGAUUGCUGGAGAGAAAGCGAGAGCUGGAGAGAAAAAGAGAGGAGGAAGAGGAUGAGAGAAGGCAGGAGGACUACAGUACGAACAGUUCUGUAGAAACGUGCAGUUUAGAUGAGAGCUUGACAGAGACAGACUCAGAGGAGGAGAAUAAUUCUGCUCUUACACCUUCACAAAGCACCCAAACAUCUCCUGUAAGAUUUGAAAUGGAUGUAGAAGAGAGAAGAAAAAGAAGUGAGAAGAACAAGACGCCCAAAUCAGUCCUUAGACGACUGAUGAAAUUAAUGACAACCACUUGUAAGAAGAUGUUGACCCACAAAGGCAGGAGAAACAACUUUGAAGAGUCACGACGUCUCUGGAUCCUGAGGCAACAGGAAGAGCCGAGGAGAACGGAUGAUCAGUUACUGCGCCAGACUGACUGCAGACCAAAUGAGUCACCCAAUGAAUCCCCACUCCGCCUUCACACAUGGGGUUUCUUCCGUCACCGGAAGGGAGCUUUCCCACCUGCUCCAGGACCGAGCCAUGGCUUUAGACCUGGAUCUUCUCACUUUUGACCUCAGUCAGCACGGAAACCUACAGGUCUGUCGAAGGGCGUGGGACGAGGCCAAGUGAACAAGACCCCGAGUGAUCUGAUGGCAGGUGGACAGCCGAGACACAGCCGCUCACAACGUGCCUUAGCAUGAUAACUAUUUUAGAAAGAAAAAGAUGAGAGAGAAAAACUGGAUGAAAGGAUAACUAGGAUGUGCAAGGAACGCUGUCAGUAACUAUGGUAACGUAACGUCUUCCUGUACCUCAGUGGUGUGUUACAAAAUGGUUUACUUGCAAUAAACUUAUUCAUCUUCUACCGCUUAUCCGAACUUCUCGGGUCACGGGGAGCCUGUGCCUAUCUCAGGCGUCAUCGGGCAUCGAGGCAGGAUACACCCUGGACGGAGUGCCAACCCAUCACAGGGCACACACACUCUCAUUCACACACAC